AUGUCGCCGCGGGGGGCGGUCUCGGCCGGGGGGGUGGCGGCCGUGCGGGUAGGGCUCGUGGCCGCGCGGAAGAGGGUCGCGGCCGCGCGGUGGGGGUUGCGGCUGCCGGAGAGGGGCCGCGGCCGCGCGCGGGGUGGGGAGUGUGACCGGGGGGUGUUGCGGCGGGGAGGGGUCGCGGCGCGCGGGGUGGAGAGGGGGUGCGGUCGGGGUGUUGCGGCGGGGGAGGGGGUCGCGGCCGCGCGGAGGGGUGCGGUCGGGAGGGGGGGUCGCGGCCGCCCAGAGGGGGGAGUUGCAGCCGGGUGGGGUGGGGGUCGCCGCCGGGGGGGCGGGGAGGGGGGGUCUCCGCCGGGGGAAGGGGACGCAGCUGCGCUGGUGGGGGGUUGCAGCCAGGGGUGGGUCGCCGCCGUGAGAUUCCGGCAGGGGGGGUUGGCGGCCGGAUUACGGCCCAGGGGGGUUUGCAGCCGGAAUUUUGCCGGGUGGGGUGGCGGCCGGAUUCAGGCGGGGGGCUGGCGGGAUUCCGGCGGGCGGAAUCCUGCGGCCGGAAUGAUGCCGCUGGAUUCCGGCGGCAGGAUUCCGGCCUGGUUCUUCUGA